GCUGCUGGAGGAAGAAAGGAGGUUGUUGAGGUGGAAGGAAAUAUAAGAGUGGGUGAUAUUUGCCGAGAAUUCAUUGCACUCGCCACCUUCCUCAUAGGAGGACAGAAAACCAGACCACGAGCAGCGACAGAUGAACCACCAACCAACCAACCAAACCACUACUUUCUCUCUCUGCCAGUGCCCAGACUUUCCUUCCAAACAACAAUAAAAGUCUCCCCACCACAAACUACCUUCCUUUCCACGACCACUACCAUACGACGAUGCAUGGAGACGUCUAAUCCAUCGUCUUGUGAGAAGGAGGACACACUUGACAGAGAGUUCGAGUUCCUGGUGAUUGAAAGAAUCUUUCGACUUUGAACUCGAAAUGGGAAAUGACGUGAUGUUUACUCACAACUAUCCGCAGAUUGAAAGGGACAAUGUACCGGACGCACGAGAGAAACAAGAGAAAGAUCUAAAAGAUUGCCAUUAGUCCUGAGAAAAAGUGAUGGUUGUAGUGUUAUCAAGGCGUCAUGCGAAUAAUGUCAUUAUCCCCGUCAUCAUUUGUCUGAGGGUUUCGGAGCAAAUGUUUGAGACGAUUUUAUAACACGAACUUUCUCAGCAGGCAACAACAACUCUUUCACUAAUAAUCAUAACCAUUAUCAUUAACUUGAUCAGUAUCAGCAAUUACAUACCCCAAAUCAGUGAGAAGUUCCUUUUUGUCAGCAUUCUGAACAAUCGAAAAAACGGACAAAUGGAGGUCGUGUCUGAAGUAAAUCCAGCUGACAGCAAUAAUUACUACGGCUUCAGCUUCCGUUCCUCCCUAUAUGUGGACAACAAUGGAGGGAUUUCUUCUACCCCGUCCACACUAUUCAAUUCGGAAAUCGUUGAUUACGACAUCGAUGGGACUGGAGAAAAUGGCUCAGUUCAGGACGCUUUUGUCGAAGGAUCUCAUCUUUGGUCCUUGCUCGUCGUUGGCUAUUCAAUUGUAUUUGUCAUUGGAGUCGUGGCGAAUACGGUUCUCUUGGCCGCACUGUGUGGCACUGGGAGUAGAGCACGAGCUUUACCAGUUAGAAAUCACUUGAUGAUUUCUUUAGCUGCAGCAGAUCUUCUGGUCACCGGGGUUUGUGUACCCAUCUCGGCUUGUGCAGCAGCAUCUCAUUCCUGUUGGCCGAGCCAGAUAGUUGACAUUAUGUGUCAACUAGGACCAUCGCUGCAACGUACACCCGUUGCAGCGUCGACGUUGUCUCUGGCCCUUCUGUCGUUGGAUAGGUGGGCCGCAAUUAGGCACCCAAGAUUCGCUCAAAGGUUCCGAGAGAGACGUUUUGUAGCAAUGUCAAUGGCAUUAAUCUGGAUUGUCGCAACUCUUGUUGCAGCUCCAACGUUUUGGGCAAGACAAUGGGACGAACAUUCUCCAAUGUCUUUGUGGUCAGAAGAAAAAGAAAUGGAGGAGCACACGGACGACGAUGUUGGGCUACGAAACAACUCAUCCUCUGGAUUUGGGAUGGAUCAGUCGUGGGGGGACAAAUCGUCAGGGGUUUGCGUAGAGCGUUGGACAAACAUUGGCGUUCAAUUGACGUAUUCUGCCACUUACCUCGGGACAACAUUUGUCUCUCCAGCUCUGAUUGUGGCAGCAUGCCAUGCUUCAGUAAGUUACAAGUUGACAGCCCAACUCAAAGUUUUGUCAGGAGCCACAAGUGGAGAUCGAUUCAACAGUCGACCCCGGCCAAAGCAGGUCCUCAUUGUAGCAAGAGAUCCUUCAAACAACAUCAUUCCUAAUCCACUAAAUCCUCCGGUAAACAAUCCACGUGGACUUGGAGCCAGGCAUGGAUCCACCUCUCGUUCAGGGUCCCUUGACGGCCCCUCUGGACGUCCGUCCAGAAAAUUUAUCCCGUGUGACCCUAACUCAGACGACGAGGAUGUCCUUGUUCGCAUGCAGAUUCACGCGGAUUUGGAGUCUCUUCGCCAAAUGUCGGAAUAUCAGCAAAGUCUCGCAAAAUCAGCAGAAGGAAGUCGGCGGGGCAUCAAAUCUCUCACGACAUUUCGAUCAGAAGCGUCAGUUUCGAAGACGGACAAUAAUAACAUGCUGAAGGCAUCGAAACGUGAAACUUCUAUCAUCCGUGCACACAGGAGGCUUCGAAACAAAUUAAACGUUCCGGUUGGAGCACCCCUGACUGCAAAAAUGCCACCGGCACCACUUCUCUCCACUUACUCCUCCUCUUCCCAGUCGUUCAGGUCUCGAAAACGAGCGGCAAAUCUCCUUGGGGCACUGGCGGCGGUGUUCGCAUUCUGCUGGCUGCCCUACGUCGUUUGUGCUUUGCUGGAGAUGUUCCUCAAAGAGAAAUCGUUAGUGAGGCUUGUGAUACCAUUUUCAUUAUUCCUUGGACACGCUCACAGCGCGAUAAACCCGGUGGUGUCAUACAGACUGAACAGAUCCGCAUUCGUCCGAUUUCAGAGACAGUCAAUUUUUUCAUUUUUACCCGAAUGGCUCCGAGCCUUGAGUACUUGUAGAUUAUUUUGCUACUCAUGUACCUGCCCACCUCUCAUUUGUUGUGAUAAGCCCAGUGAGUGUGGUCACAGUCAUCCCACAACCUCACCUGUUCAAACAGGGUCUCACCGCCCACCACCUUUUCGCAGAGCUGGAACGAGAUAUCCCGGAAUCAAUGAGAACCACCGCAAUCCCUUUUUGCAUUCAUCACCUUUGAGAGGAAAUCAAAGAGGAGGUGGAGGAAGGAAUCUAAAUGGAAAUCCGGGCUCAAGUCCUUGUUGCAUUUGUGGCAGCAUUGGUGAUGAGACGACGGAUGAUGCGGUCCCCUGUUGCUGCUGUUUUUGCCCUAGUGGGAUGUUCGCGAGACGAUCAUCCAGCCCCGACUUGUGGAACAGAAAUACAAGCACUAAUGAAGCCGCACUGGGAGCCUUUCACCCAAAAUAUUUAACCAGACUCCCCGUUCAAGACCCCAUUUCCAGAUGCCACACAUCACAUUUUUUGAGAUAGGAAGGCUCUUUAAAAACUUCAAUAGAGAGAUGAUUUCCAAAAGGGUAUUAUACAAUACAUACAUUCAUUGUGUGCAUGAUCAUAUCUCGACGUGUAAUUAUUUGCCUCCCCUGGUACUUCAAAUGUAUAUAUAGCAUGGAGACUCUUAGGAAAAAGUUUACUUAUCUAAGGGCAACAAAUGCAUACAUAUUUGUGGUUGGCUGUAGAGUGACAUAUGUAAAUGUAUAUAUAAUGUGAUAUUUCAAGCUUAUUUACAAUGAUGCAUUUGAUAAGGCAUAACAAAUUAUCAUAAUACUCGUCGCAAUUGCUGUGAAAAAACUUAAGGUUUACUAUGUACUACAUAGGAUUAGAUAUUUACUUGUAACACAGAAACUUAUCCCGUCGCCGUGUCUCGUCGUCUCUAUAAUACCAAGUGAUUUUUUCUCCACCUAUGUAACAUUUUCCGUGAAAACCUUGUGCAAACAUAUGUAUGUAAAUAUAAAAAAAUAACUAAUUUAAUAAAAAAAUAAGCAUUACUCAACUAAUUCAACCAAAUUUACUACUCUUAUUACAAAAUAAGACUGCCAGGUUAGCUUACUUACUUGUACUUAACCAGUUGCCUGCCACAUUAAAAGGCAUAAGGUAGUUGCUAAGCCCCCAAUAUAACGCUUCGAAUUUCGCGAUCCUUGUACCAUUUUUCUUGGACAAUCAUUUCCAAUGCGGUCCAAGAUAUGAAAUUAUGACACGUACGCUAGCGCCCAAAUUAAUGCAGAGUUGAUACUGAUAAUUUGACAUAUAGAAAUUAUUUUACUUAUCAUUGCUUGUUUGCCAAGGCAAUUUUUAGCCCGAGUCAGGGCUUAUGUAAUUGUCAUGCCCGUCCGUCUG